GUAUUGGUGAUGCCUCCAGGGGUAUAUAUACGACGAGCGCUGCGGGGCUUGAUAAACACUUGCCCAUCAGCGAUUACUGCUGCACCAUGUAUACGUCACUGAUAGCCGUGAUCGCGUUGGCUGGCUGCGUGGCAGCGGCUCCUGCGGAGGAAGUGGUCCCGAUCGUCAGUCAAAGCCAGGAGGGUCCGAACCCGGACGGUUCUUACAAAUGGAGCUACGAGGCCGGGAACGGGAUCAAGGCGCAAGAGGAGGGCCAGCUGGAGAACGCGGGCCAGGAGAACGAGGCGAUGAACGCGCAGGGCAGCUUCAGCUACCCUAGCGACGACGGCCAACAGAUCUCGUUGACGUAUGUCGCGAACGCCGAAGGUUUCCAACCGCAGGGCGCUCACCUGCCUACAACACCCGAGAUCCCGCCGCUCAUUCAGAAAGCGCUCGACUGGAUAGCGGCGCACCCGUCCAAGGAGGACCAGAACCAGGUGUAAACGGUACGGAUGCCCAUCGUCAGUGAUCUCACCGAACCCCUUUUUCGUAACUCUGUUCUACCGACGAGUCGCUUCCGUCGUCGCUUCUCGCUCCUCCCACGGCUCUAACGAAACGCGUAUAUACUCUGGUUCAAUCUGUUGUAAAUAUUUAUUGUGUACUUACGGAGAUAUGUAUGUUGUAUCAAUGUAUCGUAUAUUAUAUUGUUUAUUAUGUAUUGCGUAUUAUGUCGCACAUGCGGGCGCAGGCAUCUACCACGAGCUACGACGUUCCAGGUGAUCGUUCUCGUGUAUAUGCCGCGGCGCAUACGGAAUAAACGUUGCAAUUCAAGAGAGAGAGAGAGA